AUGUCACGACUUAGCUGUAGAAGGAGACUAGCGGCUAGAGCGCGAGCGUGCGUGCGAGGUCGGCCCAGAGCUGAGCUCGCGCGGCGUGCGCGGCAGCGCGGCGGCCCGCCAGCCCGCCCAGCGAGCCCCGCGCCGCGCACACGUACGCGCGCGCCACGCGGCCCUCCUGCAACACAAACGACAUCUCAACAACUCACAGUUAGAUGCAGCGCGCGCGGCGCGGCCGGUGCGGCGGCGGCGGCCGCGCGCUCCCCGUGCAGGCCGCGCGACAGGCGCGCGCACAGCGCACUGUACGCGCCGCACGCGCGCGCAGCAGCAGCGCCUCGUCGCGCCGCACGCGUCGCGGCCCGCCGCGCCGCGCACAGCAGCAGCGCGGCCGCGGCCUCGUCGUCCCACGCCGGCUCCGGCUCGCGGCCCGCCGCGCCCGCCGCCCUACACACACACACACAGUCACGCGCGCCCAGCAGCAGCGCGGCCGCGGCCUCGUCGUCCCACGCCGGCUCCGGCUCGCGGCCCGCCGCGCCCGCCGCCCUACACACACACACAGUCACGCGCGCCCAGCAGCAGCGCGGCCGCGGCCUCGUCGUCCCACGCCGGCUCCGGCUCGCGGCCCGCCGCGCCCGCCGCCCUACACACACACACAGUCACGCGCGCCCAGCAGCAGCGCGGCCGCGGCCUCGUCGUCCCACGCCGGCUCCGGCUCGCGGCCCGCCGCGCCCGCCGCCCUACACACACACACAGUCACGCGCGCCCAGCAGCAGCGCGGCCGCGGCCUCGUCGUCCCACGCCGGCUCCGGCUCGCGGCCCGCCGCGCCCGCCGCCCUACACACACACACAGUCACGCGCGCCCAGCAGCAGCGCGGCCGCGGCCUCGUCGUCCCACGCCGGCUCCGGCUCGCGGCCCGCCGCGCCCGCCGCCCUACACACACACACAGUCACGCGCGCCCAGCAGCAGCGCGGCCGCGGCCUCGUCGUCCCACGCCGGCUCCGGCUCGCGGCCCGCCGCGCCCGCCGCCCUACACACACACACAGUCACGCGCGCCCAGCAGCAGCGCGGCCGCGGCCUCGUCGUCCCACGCCGGCUCCGGCUCGCGGCCCGCCGCGCCCGCCGCCCUACACACACACACAGUCACGCGCGCCCAGCAGCAGCGCGGCCGCGGCCUCGUCGUCCCACGCCGGCUCCGGCUCGCGGCCCGCCGCGCCCGCCGCCCUACACACACACACAGUCACGCGCGCCCAGCAGCAGCGCGGCCGCGGCCUCGUCGUCCCACGCCGGCUCCGGCUCGCGGCCCGCCGCGCCCGCCGCCCUACAACACACACAGUCACGCGCGCCCAGCAGCAGCGCGGCCGCGGCCUCGUCGUCCCACGCCGGCUCCGGCUCGCGGCCCGCCGCGCCCGCCGCCCUACACACACACACAGUCACGCGCGCCCAGCAGCAGCGCGGCCGCGGCCUCGUCGUCCACGCCGGCUCCGGCUCGCGGCCCGCCGCGCCCGCCGCCCUACACACACACACAGUCACGCGCGCCCAGCAGCAGCGCGGCCGCGGCCUCGUCGUCCCACGCCGGCUCCGGCUCGCGGCCCGCCGCGCCCGCCGCCCUACACACACACAGUCACGCGCGCCCAGCAGCAGCGCGGCCGCGGCCUCGUCGUCCCACGCCGGCUCCGGCUCGCGGCCCGCCGCGCCCGCCGCCCUACACACACACACAGUCACGCGCGCCAGCAGCAGCGCGGCCGCGGCCUCGUCGUCCCACGCCGGCUCCGGCUCGCGGCCCGCCGCGCCCGCCGCCCUACACACACACACAGUCACGCGCGCCCAGCAGCAGCGCGGCCGCGGCCUCGUCGUCCCACGCCGGCUCCGGCUCGCGGCCCGCCGCCCUACACACACACACACACACACACACAGUCACGCGCGCCCGCCGCAGACACGUACUGCGCGGCGGCGGCCAGUUGCGGGUCGGCACCGGAUCCGGCGGCCGCGCCCAGCCCGCUCAGCGCCGCGCCCAGCUCCCGCAUGUCACUCCUCUCGGCUUCACAUCUUUCUUGCACUAUAACAAACCACACAAAUAUAAUAGACUCCCUGCAUAUCUAAUCUAA